CUACAAAACGCGUUUUAAACGAAAUUAUAUUAAUUUGGAAAAAGCAUUUAAAAGUAGGAUAUCAACGCGCAACGUCCACACAACCAUACUUUAAAGUCUGGGCGUUUUGUGUCAUUCCUGCGAGAACCAUGCGAGAAGGAAUUUCGGAAUGUAAGAAUUUUGACUCUCAAAAAUCGAGCUGUCGAGUGUUAGUUGUGGGUCCCGCCGUACAGUGGUUCGCAUUCUGCGUACGUGUAAGAAACAACAUUUUUGUAUUGAUGCUGUGUGUAUUGUGUGAUACGAACACAACGUGUACGGUACAUUAGAUAGACACGGCUUGAAAUACGUAUGGGUAUGCCACAAAAUGUCCAUCGCGUCCGAUGUAAAGAACCGGGUUUUGUUUUCGUCUUUUCUUGGGAACAGUAAGACAUGAGGUUAGUAUCUUUUCGACCAGACCUUUGAAAUAGAACAAGUAAACAAUCCAAAAGAUGACAUUUUCGGGAUUUCAUGCUGAAAUGCCCCUUUAACAAAGGUAUUUAAAGAAAUUUCAUUAAUUUCAUUAUCGAUUAAAACCUGCACGUUUGCUUACAGACAUAAAAUGUCUUACAUCGACUACCCUUAUAAUCAGAAUUAGGAAUUGAGGCGUUUUACCCUUCCAGGUAUUAUUUGCUGUGAGAUAAAAUAUCUUGCAAGUCUACGUAAUUGGCAACAUGACUUUACUAUAUUUGUAAGCUUACUAUGCAAAGAAUUCUAUCAAUGAUUUUAGCGUUUACUGACUUUUAUGAAGUCUUUUGGAUGUAACAUUAUGUCAUGAAUUAAAUUUACGACGUCUGUGGUUCCGUCACAAGAUUUUGUGAAAGCGAUUAGCGGUAACCGGUGCCCUUUACGUUGGGCGAUGCGUGCAAGCAAAGCUGUGAAUGAGGCGUCGUACCUAUGGGGCGUCGGACCUAUGGGGCGUCGGACCUAUGAGGCGUUGGACUUAUGGGCCUUUAUUUGGUUGGGGUAUGAGAUUUUGUGGGACUUAUGAGGCGUCGGACCCCAGUGUAGUGGUUAAACUUUAAGCGACAGUUAUUGUCGGCUUGACAAAAAGUCUUCUGCAUGAGCCAUAACUCAGGAAAGAUUUCUUCCCCCAAUGUUGUGAUCCAGAAAGUCCAGAAAAUACCACACACGUAUUAAGUUCAAAGGGAGUAUUUAGGCAAGUGUAAUACCCCACCCCACCCCCACUACAAAUAUAGUAUAUCUUUUCCCAAGGCGGUAUGGAACUCUGCCCGUUAUACUUUUUCCAUGCCACGCGUGUGUCACAGCUUUGCAAGCGAGUUUCUAUGGAAUACCUGCAGUUUUGUGACACUGAUGCGCAUGCGUCUAAUUUGUACCGCUUGAUUGUACCACUUAGUACUGGUUUUCUCUGUAAGCCUACAUUCCGGAGGACAAACAAACUUUACGCUCUCGUGAACAGCCAAAGUGACAUUCAACGCGUUAGCAGACCUUUAUAAUUCUAUUGAAAAGUUAGGUAUAAAAGAUAUCACACGAUGGGUUGUAAAGACACGAUAGUGAUACAAACAUACAAACAUGUACAGGUAUACGCUACUACAUGCACAACUAUACAUGUAGAAGUGCAUGCCCUCGAUCCUUUCGGUGGUUGUACUCUUGAUACAGUGUUGGAGUCCAACUUCUACUUUCAUGAUGUUACCAUCAACUGUGUGGAUACGUUCGGUCACCGCUUUAGUGUGUAUGUACACUCUCAUACAAGAAGGACACUAUGUGAAAGCGGGAUAUCGGUCGGACACUCACGAAUGUCUACGUACGUGCGAGUGGCCACCAAAGCCCAAGAUCUGCCGCUAUGACUUCACCAUUGAGUUGUUUCAUACCAUGUCCACUGACUGCAUGGACUGUCCUCACAACCAGACCCACUGCUAUCGUCCCCAGUGUAUACCAGCUGAUGGUGUACCACGUGCCAUCAUAGUGAUCAACAAGCUGUUGCCAGGACCGAGCAUUCAGGUUUGUGAACACGAUACCAUUGAAGUGAAAGUCCAGAACAACCUAAUCAACGGCGAGAGUGUGGCUAUCCACUGGCACGGCAUCCACCAACGAGGAACGCCACACAUGGACGGGGUCCCGUUGGUCACCCAGUGUCCCAUCCCCUACCGGUCCAGCUUCACCUACAAAUUCAAGGCGGAGACGGUUGGCACGCACUUUUGGCACGUUCACGGGGCUCAGUUACCCGACGGUGCUUUUGGAUCGUUAGUCGUUCGUCAGGCCGCCCCCAACGACGUCCACAGCAGCCUGUACGACCACGACCUAGCCCAACACGUAAUCUUCGUACACGACUGGAUCCAUGAAAUCUUCAUCGAGCGGUACAUCCGUUUCUUCCUUCACGGCUUCGACGACACUCCAGACACCUUAAUGUUCAACGGGGAGGGGCGGCAUGCGAAGUUUGUCCACGAAGUGUCCAAUGACACCAUCUACACGCCCCGUCACGAAGUGCACGUGGAGCGAAAUCAGAGGUACCGCUUCCGUGUAAUCGCCAACGCCGGCUUGGAGUGCACGUUUCAGGUUUCCGUCGAUGAACACAAUCUGACUGUCAUUGCAAGCGACGGCGCGCCGUUCCAACCGAUCCAGGUCGCUGCAUUGGGCCUGUCGAGCGGUGAACGAUUCGAUUUUGUCCUGAACACAAGACAGGAAGUUGGCAAGUAUUGGAUGAGAAUCACGGGACGGGAAUUUUGUGCGGGUAUGAAGGGAUUGGCCUUGCUUAUCUACGAGGGGGCAGAUGGUCUUCCAGACCCGCCUGAAGAAGAGACGCCUAGCCAGAUGGGCGUUUUGCUAAACCCUUUUAACAUGAAGAGCUCACCGGGUGUUGUGACCACGAAUGAGCUGAUAGCAAUCGGAGAUGACACGUGGACUGGCGAAGAAACAACUGAUGUUGUUUACUAUAUUGGCUCUCAGUUGGGGUUGAUAAACAAUCCCAACUACAACCACCCGGUCUACAAUCCUACUUUUGGAGUGGCCGGGGACAAGUCCACCUUCAGGGGACCUCUUUCCCCGCAGCUCAAUCACGUGACUUACAAGUCCCCGACGAAGCCACUUCUGACGCAGUCGCGCGAGGUCUCCGAGUUCGAGUUUUGCAGCUUCGAGAGCACGCAGGCUGCUCAGCAGCACUGCCGUAUCCAUCAUUGCGAAUGCACACAUGUCCUCGAGAUUGAACUUGGAAAGGUGGUGGAGCUGGUGUUGAUCGACAACGGCCUUGUGCUCAAUAAUUCUCACCCAAUGCACCUCCAUGGCUACCGGUUCCAGGUUCUGGCCAUGGACAAACUCGGAGAUAUGACCUCGGUUGAUGAAGUGAAAGGCCUCGAUGAAGCAGGUAAUAUUACUCGACGAUACCUAAACGCACCACUGAAGGACACGGUCCCUGUCCCGGACGGGGGAUAUGUCGUGGUUCGCUUCAAGGCAGAUAACCCCGGCUGGUGGUUCUUUCACUGCCACGUGGAAUUACAUAUGCUGGCCGGCAUGUCGCUGGUCAUCCACGUGGGCUCGGAUGACGAUCUUCCACCGAUACCGCAGGAUUUACCGAGGUGCGGUGGAGACUGGUACCCGAAAGAGGACCCGAUGACUGGGGGCCUUACACCCACCGCGAUGCCUAACAGCGCUGCCAUCGCCCAAGACCGCACAGGGAUCCCGGCUUUGGUUUGCGUCUUCGCCAGUGUCAUGCUGCCACUCUUUUCAAAGUCGUUUUAGAGAUGGCACCAUGGCAGUCCUUCCACUUUGUUCGCAUCACCGUUGAUCCCAAAUAGGGAGUAUCCUGUUAAAUAUAUUAUGCAAACUGACCCCUAUAUUUCACUUUGUCUUCAUUUAAAUUGGUUGUAAUUCAAACGAGAGUCUAUUGAGACAGUCUCGUAGGUAAAGUGGGUAGUAGAUAGUAGAUUUUUGCCUUUUUUACAACUUUGGUUAUUUCUUAUUUCUUAUUCAUUUUUAAGUAAAGUAUUUUGUCAUUAUUUAAUUACUGGGAUUUCAAAAUAGGAAUUAUAAGUAUCAUUUGCUGACGGAUGUAACGCUAGUAUUACAUUUAGUACCAUUAUAAAAAAUUAUUGAUGUGUGAUCAUUGUUAUUAAUUCAUAUAACCAGAUGUGAUGUGGAGGGAAUGGUGGUUAAAAGGAUAUUAAAAAAAGUCAAAGAUUAUAAAUUUCCAACGAUUGUAUUCAACAAAACGCCCCUCCAGCUAUACAAUGGUACGGCUAUCUGGUUAACAACUCCUUAUAUGGAGGUUGGCGCGCGCGUCGCGUGUACUGCGUGAUGUCGCGCAGACCGCAGAUGUAAUGGUGUAGUGUGAAUUUAGGACUAUGAAAUACUGACUCACUGGUAGCAUUGCGCAUGUCUUCGUGAGGAUUGUGACGGUACAACCGACGGUGCUGGCACCGGAUUUCACCGUGAGUCUAAAUUUCACGUGACACUGAAAAAUGUUUUAAGAGCAGCCCACCAUGUCUUUAUCAACCGUUUAAAACCGGCCACGUGACGGGCUCUCGAC